AUGAUGACGAUGAACAGUGCGGCCGAGCCUGAAUACGCGACAGCUCAAAUAGCGGUGUGGUGGGACAUGAAGGACUGUCCGGUUCCGGAGUGUUAUGAUGCUGGUCGGAAACCCCUGAUCACCUCCUCUUCCACUGGAGUCGCUGUUGCACAUAGCAUUCUCGAUGUCAACUACAAGCGCAUGUAUUCAGAUAUGCUGCAAUGGGGUUGGGAUAAUCCUCCUCCGGCUACAAUGAUGAUCAUAUCCGAUCAGCUGGAAGAUUUCUUCUUAUUCAACCUUUUUCUGGCUUAUUCAUUUAGGCCUUGCAAAAUGUCUGUCCUCUGGGAUAGCUUACUCGCAGUUUCAGAGACAAGAAGACACCUUCUUCAGGAAUGCAGUGAAAGAAGACACGUUCUUCAAAAGUGCAGUGCAAGGGCUGAAUCUGAAUCUGAAUCUACCGGAAUGUUUUAUUGCAGAUUGUGCAACCUCGAUUGUGAUUACAAAAGCCUAGAUAGACUCAGGACGCAUCUCUCAAGUGACGAACAUACACAAAGAGAGGCUAGUAUUUAUGAACGUAUUAAAGAAUCUAAGUACAAGCGACGACAAUGGGUAGAGGCAGAGUUUUCAAAGACCAAACGCUUGAGGAAAUCUUAG